AUGUCAUUGAUUCUCAACUUUGAAGAGUGUUAAAAUGAGAUUAUUGUAGGAACUCUAGCUUUUUUUUCAAUUUUUUUGAUUCUAGUUUUAUAACUUAAGAAGUAAAAUAUUUUAUAGCUUUUAGAUAAUGUGCAGAGUAGAAAACUUUAUAUGAAAAAAGCUAUAUAAAAUAGAGUCCAAAAGAAUUUGAAUCGAAUAAAUAGUACUUAACUAAAUAUCAUAUAUAAAAAUUAAAGGAGAAUCCUAAGUUUAAAGAAUGGUAAUCAUAAUCGAAAAAUAUUUGA